AUGGAUCCAGUUUUUAUCUUUCUUCUUGCAACUUUUCCUUAUCUUAUACGAGCCGAGCCUCAAAAUCCAACCUCGCAUAUUACUGUAAUAGGUUCUGUAUAUUGUGACGUAUGUUAUGACAACACAUUUAGUAAAUAUAGCUACUUCUUGCCAGGUGUGGAUGUUCAUGUGCAGUGCAAAUUCAAGGCAAAAUCACCAGGAACUACAGAACAAAUUGCUUUCACAGUUAACAGAAUCACAAAUAAAUUCGGAAUGUACAAGUUGGAUAUAUCGUCUGUUGAUGGUGUUGAUUGUGCUGAAGAGGGGUCGAUUCAAACAUUCUGUCAAGCGAGCUUGAUAGGAAGCUCGAUUUCUGCUUGUAAUGUUCCGGGUUUAAAGACUGCCUCCGUUUCCUCAAUUUCCUCCGCUACCUCAGCUGCCUCCGUUGCCUCAAUUCCACCGCUACCUCCGCUGCCAUUUCCAAAACCACCGUCUUUGCCUUUUCCAUUCCCGCCUCUUCCUCCUUUCACCCCAACACCCACACAGCUUUCUCCGCCCCCUCCUCAUGCGUUUAACUUAGGCGACCCGAGAACUUGGAUCCCCAAUAAUCCCUUACUUCCACCCCCUCCUCCAGAAUUUAAUCUUGGAGAUCCAAGAACUUGGAUACCUAAAAAUCCUCUAUUAUCAUCUCCUCCACCACCAACCUUUAAUUUCCAAGAUCCAAGAACCUGGUUACCACAUAUCCCCACUUCUCCCCCCACAAAUCCAAAUAGCCAUAUCCCAUAG